AUGGAAAACCAAGGCUACUCGUAUACUAUUUCUCUAUUCGAACUUGGUCAUGGUCAUCAUGCCACUUCCUACUCCUCCCUCAGCGGUGCUCCAGUAGCUCACUACGCUACUGCCCCAGUUGAUGCUCACUACGCUGCUCCAGCUGUCGUUAAGACAGUUGCUCACUACGCCACCCCAAUUGCCGCUCACUAUGCUGCCCCAGCUCACUACGCCGCCCCAAUUGCCGCUUACCACCACGCUCCAGCUGUUGUCAAGACCGUCGCUCCAGUAGCUCACUAUGCCGCCCCAAUCGUAAAGGCCGUCCAUCAAGAAGUAUACCCCGACACCCACCCACAAUAUUCUUACCAAUACGGUGUACAAGACGCUGUGACCGGUGAUGUCAAGAACCAACACGAAGAACGCGACGGAGAUGUUGUUAAGGGAUACUACACCUUGGUCCAACCUGAUGGUGUCACCCGUACCGUCCACUACACCGCUGAUACCCAAAACGGUUUCAACGCUGAAGUCGAAUACAAAGGAGAACCUAUCGUACAAAAAGCCGUAGUAGCCAAGACCAUCGUUGCUGCUGCCCCAGUAUACAAAGCUUACCACCAUUAA